AUGGACAACUUCCACUUGCCCAACGACAUCGUAUUGAUGAUCCUGAACUGUGUAGUCGCCAAGCCUGCCACAAAGCACCUGCCACGUGAAUUUGCAAAACGCAACAAGUUGAGUUGGGAUCCAAUCGUAGGAUCAGACAUCCCUGGGAUUGUAAUGUUUGGUGGUCAGAGCCAUGUCAAGUCUGUAUUUUUUGAAGUCAAUACUCGCGAAAGCCCUUUGAAAUUGCUGGGAGCUUUGGUUCGCGACCUACAGCAUACCGGCGUUGCGUGGACAGGCGUUAAAGCCCUGCACUUCAGGUUUUGCAAACAUUCAGUGGCCAUUCGCGGCUAUGUACCCAUUGUUUUUAAUAAAAAUGCGAGCGACGACAUUUUGAAGCUUGCUGCGGAUCUGGUCGACAGGUUUCCAAAUGUCCUUGAGCUUCAUACUGAAAGCCUCAAUUCCAAUGUCGCUAUUAGUGCAUUAGUCAGACACCUUGUCGAUAAGUUUGCAGUAACUGUGACAAGCCUCAACCAUAAUCUUUUCUAUCCGAUUUCUGUGCCUGCGUUUUCAGACACACUCGCCCAUCUUUCUCUUAUAAUGAGCCCCUGGACCGUGGGAAGCCUCCCAAGGGUAAACGCCGAUGCGCUCAAAACUCUGAAGUUACGCAGUUGGCUUGCUGAUUAUUCAUGGACCAGUUUUGCCAACGGCCAAACCUCUGGCAGCACCAGCUUUGCUCAACUGAAAAAGCUGAGUAUUGGCUUUCUUGUUAAUUCUCAGCAUACAGAAACGGACAAUGGGGGUUCUGAGCUCGGCCAUAGUUUCCAGAUGAGCUUUCCUGCUCUUGAGUACCUGCGCCUUGAUAAUUGGACCUCUGAUAUUAAGGAAAUCAGCACUGCUCUGUUUCCCGCGUACAUUCCCAAUAUUCACGUUUCGGGAUCAAUUCAAGCGAUCAAAUCGUUUUUCUGGCACAAAUUCAGUGGAUUUGGCAACUUCAAGAUUGGCAUAGAAUGUUGUGAUGCGACGGACAUUGAUACCUUUUACGAGACGACCAACAUAUUUUUCAACCUCCUGCGCAUUGAUGGCCAAGCAGCGUUGGAUCUUGUUUUUGAUUGUUAUGAGCUUGACCCAAACAGGAUCAAUUGGACCAAUCUUACUUUCUUAACCAUUUCAGUUAUAUUAAUUUGA